UUUUUGGAGGCAAUGGGCCGGUUUAAUGCUGCGGCGACAAAGUAUCAUAUACCGAUAUUCGGGGAAGUUUUCGGUGUCCUCGGAAUCAACCAGAUUCCCAUGGCGAUUCAAUCCAGCUUGCGCACUAUAGUCGUUGAGUUUGACAUCUGGGGCUUUACAAGCUUAAUGGAGGGUUCGCUGGAGCAAGGCUGA